AUGCAACUGUGGGUUGUGAGUUCCAAUCGUGGCAAGAUAUUUACCAUUUUAAGUACCCAACUCAAGAUUAACAUGCACGUCCCAACGCCGCCACAGAUCCGCAUCGCAAAGUCUCUGAUCCCCGGGGAAGCCCUCGGCGUGUUCACCUCUUGCUGGAUAAAGGAGGGGACAGAGAUGGGACCAUUCCUUGGAAAAGCUGUGCCACUGGAGAAAGUGAAUCACACGACGCAUCGGGGGAACAUGUGGGAGGUUUUUGACGAGUCAGGCCGAAUCACUCACUUUAUCGACGGCGAUCAAGAAGUUCCGCGGUGCUGGAUAUCAUACGUCAACUGCGCGCGAAUGGACGAGGAACAAAAUUUAGAACUGAUACAAGUCGGACAAGAAAUAUAUUACAGAGCUUUGAAGUCGAUACCCCCGGGCCAAGAGUUGCUGAUAUGGUAUGGACGACGACACAGUCUUUACCUUGGCCUCCCUGGGAUACCUGCUCAAGAAGGAGAAACCACCGCCGCCAGCAAACCAGAAACAGAAACACAGUUUCCUACCACACCCAGCCGCCUGAAUUGCGUCAUAUGCAGACGAGGUUUCAACUCGCGGAGUAAUCUUCGGUCGCACAUGCGCAUUCACACUCUAGAGAAGCCAUUUAUUUGUAAAUAUUGCCACAGAAGUUUCAGCCAGUCAUCGACGUUACGGAAUCACAUACGAUUACACACAGGCGAAAAGCCAUACAGAUGCAACAUGUGUCAGAGUGCCUACUCCCAAUUAGCCGGACUACGGGCCCAUCAGAAGAGUGCACGGCAUAGACCUUUCGCUUUGGCUGCUGCACAGAGGGAACUGGAAUAA